GCCGAUUCAUUUUUCUUCAGAAUCUCUCAAUUCUCUUUUGUCGAUUUCGCAGUAGAAGAGUCCUUUCGCCGUCUCCGAGAAACUCGUUGCAGCGUCACGACCAGUUGGAGAAAAUGUCUUCUAGAGGAAAAAGGAAAGACGAAGAUGUCAGAGCAUCAGAUGACGAAUCUGAAACCCACGCGCCGGCUAAGAAAGUCGCAAAGCCAGCAGACGAUUCCGACCAGUCUGACGAUAUCGUCGUCUGCAACAUAUCUAAGAAUAGGAGAGUCUCUGUAAGGAAUUGGAACGGGAAGAUUUGGAUUGACAUUCGUGAGUUCUAUGUCAAGGACGGAAAGACUUUGCCUGGCAAGAAAGGUAACUUUAUUUUGUAAUUUAAACCAAUGCCCCUUGGCUCUCAUAAUUCAUUAUUUCUAGUAAUGUGUUUCCUCAUCUCUUAGUUUUAUAUUUCGUUACUGUUUUGCUUUGUUAAGUUUCUGCAUUUAGUCAGGUUUAUAGAAUUGCAUAUCUUAGGGUUUUAUAAUAGGCAAUUCUGCUUAUUGAGACUGUUUAUGGACUUGUAAGUAUGAGCGGAGAUGGUGCAGAGUGUUUGCUUUUGUACAACAACGUUUUGUUUAUUUUGGUGCUAUUGCUCCUUCAUGUCUUUCUCUAGAGACAGCUAUAUUAGUUUAUCUCUACAUAACUAAUCAUGUUGACAAGAUUAUCUCUAUGUUUGUUAUACGUUGCAGGUAUCUCUCUAAGCGUGGAUCAGGUACUCACAUCUCUUUCUAUCUCUCUCCACUGUUUUAUGUCUCCUAGAAGUGUUUCUGUUUUCUUGUUAUUUGCUUAUUACACAGCUUUUCCUUAAUGCAGUGGAACACUCUUCGGAACCACGCAGAGGAUAUCGAGAAGGCCCUCUCUGACCUUUCUUAGGUUUUAAAACUUGUAUCAUUGGUUGUACGUCUAUUAGAAUAUGGCUCAGUUGUUUUGGUUGUUUUUGUAGAACAACACCAUGUUCUGCUAGUGUAAGCUGCUUCAAAUUAGUUGGUGUAUGGAAUCUUUCACUUUUGGUUCAGACAAGCUUUGGUUGGUAUUAAGAAUAUAAUGAUUGCUCUUUUAUUUACUGCUGUAGUGCU